AGGCUACAAUCAGUCUUAAAAAGCUUGGGGUAUUUUCAUUAAUUAUUUUAUAUUUUAAUUUCUUUAAAAGAAAAAAAAAGUAAUUUACCUAUAAUUAAAUUACUUUCCUCGUAAGUUACAUCCUGUUGACUUUCUUAAGUAAGAGAUUUCAUUUGAAAAGAUUGCAUUUCCGCCUUUCAAUAGCGAUUGCAUAAAGAAGAAAGUUACUAAUGGCAUUUGAUUUUCUGGAUAAGGUUUGUUUUAUAAGGCAAUUUAUUAUCUGAUCCAACACUUCGAGAGUUAUUCCAGAGCCAGCAGCAUUAUGAAGACAUUUGUAAUAUUUUCAUUUUUGGCUGUAUUUGUAGGAGUUCGAGCAUUUACCGGUUAUGAACUUAUAGAAAUUGCUUGCUCUGUUCCGGAAAAAUACAUGCUCAGAUUAAUCGAGUGCACUAUUAAUCGUAGCUCACAAUUCUUCCAAAAAGGGGUCGAUGUGCUCCACGAAUGCGUAAAAAAAUUGCACGAAUCUAAAAGCAAAUGGGAAUCCGUCUUAAUGUAUACUUGCAUGAAUGGCAUACAUGGAAGCCACGACCUGUGGGCUUGUACGGAGGAAAAACUGAAAGAACUGGGACCUCUUCCACCUCCGCAGAAGGACAUGGACGAUUUAAUUGAACAUAGUAAAUAUUGCAUGAUUCACGCUUAAACAGCCUAAUGGAUCCCAUAUUCGACAUUACGCAAACACCAUAAUCUGAUGUCAUUGUUAAUCACAAGUAUACGUAACACAAUAAACUGAUAAUUUAGCAUUAAAGUAUGUGUUCUCGUUAU